AUCGAGACAACACUUGACCUGUCAGGCCUAGUUGUACAAGUUGUGGAAUAAUUUGUGGAUUAUUGUAGUUUUUCUGUGAUUAGAAUCAACCCAUCAUGUUCACUGUCGGAAUACAAGAUUUUAUGAAGCAGAGCCAAUAGGAUCAAAUCAUGUAGGAGGCACAAGUGACCAAGUGAUGUACAUUUGUAGAUAAUUAUGUGUACAUGGCUUAAAAAGAGAUGAUCUAGUGUAAAAGUUCUACAUUGAAAAUCUCAGUCCUGCUAUAGAUCAUUGUACUAGCAUCAUUAUACUCUGCUGUCUGCACCGCAAUUAAUCUCUCUGUAUAAUUCAUUCCAGUAACUUCUUGCCUACACAUCAGAUAUUGGAGUUUAGGAAUAUUAUACCCCACACACAAUUUUAUUAGAAGGCUGAACUUUAGGAAUUGUAAAUUUAAAGAGACUUAUCUAUACUGGAACAGGACCAUGCAUUUUUGGCAUAUCUAGUGGUCCCAUUGAUCUUAUAUAUAAAAAAAAAAUAGUUACCAAUCCUGGAUAGUAUAUUUAGGGCCCAAGAUGUCUACCCUACCUGUUGGCACUUCUCUAUGGAUCCAAGAUGGCAGUAGCGCGUGAACCAAGUCCUCCCAUUGCCAUGCCUCACUCCAUUCAGUCGUACCAGGGCUCUUCGGCCGAUGGCGGAGACAAUGAGUCUGUCAUGAGUGAUCUGUCUUGGGAUGGUACCCCUGAUGAGAAUAUUUUGAGUGGUUCGAGCCGUGCAGCGACAUCGCUUGCCAUUCAUGAAGAAGACGAAGGGGAGCCUGAUCUAAGCUGUAGGUUCCUAGAUGACCCCGAUGGUGACCACACCCUCAUCAUGGAGGAUGAUGUCUACCACCAACUAGCUGAGAUGGAAGAGAAGCUCAAGAUGGCUGGAGAGUUUGGGAAUGCACUCCUGGAGGAGAACCAGGAGCUACGGAUCCUCAAUCAACAAGCUAAGCAGGAGACAAGCGCAAGCAUUGAGGCCCUGGAGCAGGAGAGGCAUGAGCUCCGUAUGAAGCUGGAGACUGCCCACACCGAGAAGGAGAACAUGUCGUACGAUCUCCGCAUGGAGGUGGAGUCUCUGCGGAAGGAGUUAGCCAAUCAGAGUGAGGCUCUCAAGGUUGCCAAUAGCAACAAGCAGGGCAUCAUUGGAGAGCUUCUGGAACAGAAAGAUCAGAACUUGAAACUAGCCAAUCAGCUUCAUGAGAUGACACGUGAACGUAAUAACAUCCAUGAUCGUCUUGAAAUAGUUCAAAAGCAGAAUGAGAGUAUGUCACUCUUUCAUCAUGAAUCAAGUCUUGGGAAAUCAGAGCAACUUAGAAUGGAGGUUGGAGUCUUGAAAGAAGAGAAUGGUUCAUUGAGGGAGAGGAUUGUUGUUGUAUCCAGUGAACACAUGACCAUGAUGUCAAAGGUCGAGGAGGCUAAAGAGAGGAACAUGAUGCUGGAGAAACAGGUUCUUGAACUAGAACAGAGGUUGCAAUUUAGAGAGACGGAGCUUAGAGACUUGAGUCGUCUGCAUGAUGAAACGAUGCAAGAGCUUGGGGCUGCACGUUCACGUGCCAAUACACAUUGCAGUAGCUCCCUCUAUGAUGAGCUGGAGACAGCAGAACUAACAGGCUAUGAGAGCUCGGAAGAAGAUCUGGAAGUCGAUGACAAAGCCGAUGUGAUGAUUUCCAAGUUCCUUGGUAGUCGUGACUUUGGCAGGCAGAUGAGUCUUGCUGAGGAAUUAGCUCAGUCUCUAGGAGAGAUGGAAUCCUCGAGGAUGGGCCAGAACAGAGAGAUGCAGGAGAUGAGCUUAGCUGAUGAAAUGAAUGCAACUGACACUGACAACACUCCCCAGCAUGAGAAAACCUUAGAAGAAUUUGUAGAAAGACUUGAUAGAGAAAGUUUGAAUGAAAGUCAUCAAUUGCAGGAUGAUCAUUCAGAUCAUAAGAAGACUAGCUUAGCUGAUGAGCUGACAGAAGCUGGAUUUGGUGGUGGAGGGCAUCAAGGGGACUUCAUUGGUUCUGGAACACCACAACAGGACGGGGCAAAUUCUUUAGAUGCAGCUCAACAUGCAAAUACUUUGAGCCUUGCUGAUGAGCUGUCACAAGUCUCUUCAUCUAUGCCCGAUGUAAAGUUGGAGUCGUCAAGUACCCUGGUAGGUUUUGGGGGAGAUGUGGAAGUAGGUGGUGAUAAAGAUGAUAAAAUGCAGAGUGGCUUCAUCGUCGGUGGAGAUGAUGAGGAUCAGGAGGAGCAGAUGAUACUUGGGGUGCCCAUGGCAACACAGUGUUUAAACCAAGGACUAAGCUUGGCCGAUGAGUUGGCUGGCAUGGGAUACCAACAGAGUUACAACGAAGAUGAGGCAGAGGGAGUGGAGGAGGAGGAAUGCGGUGAUGCUGAAGGAUGCGAUGUGUUUGGAAGAAGUGAAAGAGGAGCUGAGAUGGUUGCAAGCAGAGUCAGAGAAGGAGGCGGCACAGAUUUCCUCACUCCUGAGCCUAAAGGCCAAACAACUGUAGGAACAGGGGAUGGAGGAAGAACUCUAGGAAGAGGAGGGAGUAAAGGAGCAGUAGGUGAAGCAGCAGAGGAUGAUGAUGAUGCAGACAUUACCAGUUUGGAGACUCCUAAAGCAUCUCCUAGCAGGAGUCCAAAGCCAGGAGACUUGCACAUGAAAUACAGACAGAUUGAGGAUGUUCUUCACUGGGUUCAUGUGACACUCACCCACAUCAUCCUAGAGCUGCACUCUUUAGUCCGGUUACCCCUCACUGAUCUUGGUAUCAUGCAUGCAUCCAGUGUCCUUCACUCUGUACACCCGUCCACCACCACUCACCGUUACCCUGCAUCCUCAACCCCCUGGUCUACUGCAUCUAACACAGGGGUUCACUUAGAUGAUGAUGACGAGGAGGAGGAUGAUAAUGGGGACUUGGAUGAAGGUCGGAGGUCAGAGUUGAUAGGUGACAAGGUCAAAUCUCAGUUGAGUGUCUUGAGGAGUAUGCUCAGCAUCGUGGUGAAUGGAUCACCAAAGAUGCUUAAUGGAGCCUAUAGAGGGCGCCAGGAGGACCAGGAGCGUAUUGCUCAGCUCGAGGGGCAUGCAGAGGCCUUGGAGAGGGAGCUGAAGGAUACUAGACUCCAGGUGGAUCUCCUGGAGGCGGAGAUAGAGAGAUUGGACAAGGUGCUACUUAGGAAGGAUGAACAGAUUGAUAGACUACAUCAAGGAAGAAAGAGAAUUGAAGACUGUGUGAUAGAGAUUGAGGAGGAAGAGGAGAGAGCAAGGAGGAUGGAUUCUAGAAGCAAUGUCACAACAAGGUUUCAAUCAAACAUGGAUAAUAGAAGAAUCCACCGGUCAUCAUCAGAGAUGCAGAGCAUACAUGUGGAUGUGGAUAGUCAUCAAUACAGGAAUGAACCAAUGCAUGAUGAUAGAUGGCAGCAGACAGGGCAAGAUGGAUGUAGCAGUCAGUUAAUGAGCAUUCCUCCUCCAUCUGAUCAGCUGUCAUCAAGCUUCUCAUCUCGGAGUCGGUCUGCUCCCGAGUUUGGACCCAAGACUACAUUUUCCUGGAGAUGAUCUACUGCCCCCUAUUGCUAGACGUAGAGGAUGAUUUCAAGUAUCCAGCCACAGUGCCACAUAUGGCCUUGAUGAUUACGCAUGCCAUGUUGUCUACUAUUAAUACAAUCAGUGAUAAACUCAAAUAUAUUUCUCACACACACAGAAAUCAUGUGAUGUUGCUUUAAAUCGUGGAGUGAAAAUAUGAAAUUACAAUUUGUCUCAUAGCUGUGUAUUGUACGAUAAUGUCAUAAUUCAGGUAGGAAACUCAAAUUUGCUUUAGCCUUAUUACACACAUUCCACAUUUUUUCUUUAUAUAUUUACCUGGUGGCACUUGAUUUCAAUUCUUAAUAUCAAUUAAAUCAUUGGAAUCAAACCUCACUAAGUGUGUGAUAAUCAUGUAAAUUUCUAUGCUAUUAUAUGUGAGGAUAUGACCAAAGUAGAUUACUCCAAAACCUUUUCUUGCCAAAGUGUACAACUUUAAUCCCCAAGAACUUUAUAAUCAAACUGAGUCAAGCCAAUAGAUAUUUAAGAUUGAUUCAAAAGAGCUUUAAGUGUGGAAAGCUAGAAAAGCCAGAAUUCCUGAUCGAGAAAACAUACAUACUUUCUUAAUAUAAUAAAAUGAAAUCAUAAUAGUACAUCAUAUUUCAGAAGCACUAUGAUCAAACAUAUAUUUUCUAAAAGGCAAAUUUCAGCAACGCUGGCUUUCAUAUUUAAUAUUGAUUGAAAUCUCUUUCAUUCAAAGACAGACCUAUAAAGAAAAAUACAGGGGAUCAUGAAUUAUGGGACUCCCAUCUCUCCCAUUACCAAAAUAUGACAUGGCCAUUUUCACCCCACUGGAUGACAUAUCUCAUCCAUCAACAAAUCAAUAGGUAAAUGUAAAACUGAUCAAAUGAAGUGACAGAUCCAGCUGGAUUAACCCACUAUAUUGUGCACAAACAGAUGGGCCAACAAAAUUGGAUCACAUCUUACCUGGCCAGAUCUGCCACUUAAGUGUUUAAGAGUGAACAUGUCAGUUUUUUCUGAAGUCACAACAAAAUAUCUCAAUU